GCUCCUAAUGCGCCUGCGCCGCGGGCAGAGUGGUUCCGGCCGGUGUUUCUGCCUCGGUUUGGACCUGUGAGUACGUGAGAAGAUGGCAGAGCAGGUGCCCAAGUCCGUGCUGUUUGUAUGUCUGGGUAACAUUUGUCGAUCACCCAUUGCAGAAGCAGUUUUCAGAAAACUUGUAGCUGAUCAAAACCUGUUAGACAAGUGGAUCAUUGACAGUGGUGCUGUUUCUGACUGGAACGUGGGCCGGUCACCUGAUCCAAGAGCUGUAAGCUGCCUAAGAAAUCAUGACAUUAACACAGCUCAUAAAGCACGACAGGUUACCCGAGAAGACUUUGCCACAUUUGAUUAUAUACUAUGUAUGGAUGAAAGCAAUCUGAGAGAUUUGAAUAGAAAACGUAAUCAGGUUAAAAACUGCAAAGCUAGAAUUGAACUGCUUGGAAGCUAUGAUCCCCAAAAACAACUUAUUAUUGAAGAUCCUUAUUAUGGGAAUGACUCCGACUUUGAGACUGUGUACCAGCAGUGUGUUAGGUGCUGCAGAGCAUUUUUGGAGAAGGCCACCUAAGGCCACAUCCAUGCAUCGCUGAAGACCAGGUGUGAUGAACCUGAACCUUGAUUGGGAUGCGCUGUGUUUUCCAUCAGUGGAUGUGUUAGUGUAAUGCUGUUCCAUGGCUCAAGGCCACAACUCUUUCUUCAGUUGACCGACUGUUUUCUUACUUUAAAAAUAAUUGUAGAUGGAAAUCAGUUGUGAUUGGCAGAAUAAAUAAAAACCUUUGAUUCAGACA